AUGAAAGCCCGAGCAGGCUUUCGGGCCUGCGGGCUCCCUCUACGAGCUUCACACACCCUCUACUCUCCCAUUGCUUACCGGCCGACGUCGAUAUGCUCGCAAUGUCUUCACAACCACAUCUCCGUGUCGAUACCUCCACGUCACAUUAUAGCCCGCAAUUACCAUCCAUCACGCCGGAAAGACCAGUCCGCACUCGCAUCAGCUGUAUCCGCUGCUCAGAGUCUCUUUUCCAAGGAUAUAUCCAAAGCUCCUCCUCCUCCGCUUCCCUCGAACCCAGGCUCUCUGCCGUCGAACGUAUCCGUUGACCCGCUCCGGAUGGUAGCAAAGGAGUUGACGUUUCUAAAGAAGAACCUGCGCACUUUACUGGGUUCCGGGCACCCGAUUCUGGACCAGGUUGCCAAAUACUAUGCCCAGGGUGAAGGGAAGCAGGUCCGGCCUAUGCUGGUUCUCUUGAUGUCCCAGGCCACAGCGUUGACGCCCAGCUGCCCGCAACGUCAGGAACGAGACCGGCUGCUUAAUUCCCUGCUCUCCUCUCCAUCUUCUGGCCCGUCAGGAGCCUACAUCAACGAUUCAAUCAACUCCCCCGCUAUUCUCGCAGAUACAAACCCAGACCUCAUGCCGCUCAGCUCCCCAUCUCGCGACACAGUAUACUCUCCUGCAAAGGAAAACUCGAAUGAUAACUUUACCAACGUUCUCCCUUCACAACGAAGACUCGCUGAAAUCACCGAAUUAAUCCAUACCGCAUCCCUACUCCAUGACGAUGUCAUUGAUAACGCAGUCACCCGACGAUCUAACCUAUCAGCCAACCUUGCGUUUGGAAACAAAAUGGCCGUGUUGGCUGGAGAUUUCCUCCUUGGUCGUGCAUCCGUCUUCAUCGCUAGGUUGCGCGAUCCCGAAGUCAUCGAGCUGCUGGGUACGGUAAUGGCAAACCUCGUUGAGGGUGAAUUCAUGCAAUUGAAAAACACCAUGCAGGAUGAAACCAACCCGGUAUGGUCGGAAGAGAUCGUCUCGUAUUAUUUGCAAAAGACAUAUUUAAAAUCGGCCAGUUUGAUCAGCAAGUCCUGCCGUGCAGCAGCGUUGCUGAACCAGAGCGGCCCCGAGGUUGCAGAUGCAGCAUACCUCUUCGGAAGGAAUCUAGGACUCGCUUUCCAGCUGGUCGACGAUAUGCUCGAUUAUACAAUCAGCGGAGAGGAACUGGGUAAACCAGCCGGUGCCGACCUAGAGCUCGGACUAGCCACUUCGCCUCUACUUUUCGCCUGGAAACAGCGGCCAGAGCUCGGAGCUCUGGUUGGUAGAAAGUUCUGCCGCGAGGGAGAUGUUGAAUUGGCUCGUCAUAUCGUCUCUCAAUCCGACGGCCUCGAACAGACUCGCGCCCUUGCCCAGCAGUAUGCCGAUAACGCGGUGGCAGCCAUCAGCAAAUUCCCUGACAGCGAAGCGAAGGACGGACUAAUCGAAAUCUGCAACAAGACAAUAAAUAGAAGAAAAUAA